AUGUCAAAGCGACCCGUUAUCGCCGUUGCUGGCCUCGCCUGCGAGACAUCGACCUUUUCGCCCGCCGUCACCCUUGCGCCAGCUUUCCACCCCAAGCGAGGCGACGAGAUUGUCGAGCGAUACGAGUUCCUGCACGCCAACCAGCCGCUGGGACAAGAGGCAGAAUGGAAGGGCGCCCUCAUCGGACACGCGCUUCCUGGUGGGAUCGUCACUCGCGAGGCCUUUGAGACGCUCUCGCAGGAGAUUGUGGACAGAUUGCAGGAUAUCGUGGCCAAGGACGCGGUCGACGGCCUGUGGUUCGACAUCCAUGGCGCCAUGUGCGUGCAGGAGCUGGACGAUGUCGAGGCCGAGCUGCUGAGGCGAGUCCGCGCCGUCAUCGGGCCCGAUGUCAUUGUAUCGGCGUCGAUGGACCUGCACGGCAACGUCUCGCGAGAGCUGGCGCACCAGUGCGACCUCAUCACCUGCUACCGCAUGGCGCCGCACGAGGACGCAAUGGACACCAAGGAGCGGGCGUGCCGUAACCUGGUCAACAUCCUCAAGGGCAGGGAGCCGGGCAAGCGGCCCCUAAAGGCUUGGAUCCCCGUUCCUAUUCUGCUACCCGGAGAGCAGACCUCGACGCGGAUAGAGCCGGCCAAGCACAUCUACGCUGCUGUGCCCGAGGUCGAAGCGGAGGAGGGCGUCCUGGAUGCGGCCAUCUGGGUGGGAUAUGCCUGGGCUGAUGAGCCGCGGAAUCGAGCCGCCGUUGUGGUCACCGGAUGGAACGAGAAGGCGGUUUCUCAGGGAGCAGAGAAGCUGGCAAAGCUGUUCUGGGAUGCGCGGGCUGACUUUAGGUUUGUUGCGCCGACUGGGAGCUUUAACGAGUGUCUUGAUGCCGCUGUCAAGUCGUCUCCCGCCGAGCGUCCAUACUUCAUCUCAGAUUCAGGAGACAAUCCCACUGCAGGAGGUGCGGGUGACGUGACUUGGGGCCUCACCAGAUUGUUGGAGCGGCCCGAGUUCAAGGCACCAGAUCUUGGAUUCACGGUCAUCUAUGCAAGCGUUCCAGGACCCAGAGCCAUUGACACGGCUGUCGCCGCAGGGGUUGGCGCAACUGUCACUGUGACUGCCGGAGCCGACGUCGAUGACAUCCACGCGCCUCCUCUGACAAUGACUGGUCGCGUCCACUCGAUCAAGCACGGCGAUCGCGAUGCCGUAACCGAAGUCGUCUUGCAGGUCGGCUCCGUGUACGCCAUCUUGACCAAACUCCGGAAACCGUAUCACAAGGAAAAGGACUUUACCGACUUGAAUCUUGCUCCAAGGGCGGCGGACAUCGUCAUUGUGAAGAUUGGGUACCUUGAGCCGGAGCUGUACGAUAUGGCCAAGGGCUGGAUGCUUGGAUUGACGCCCGGGGGGGUUGAUCAGGAUUUGAAGAGAUUGGGUCAUCAUCGGAUACGAAGACCCAUGUGGCCGUUUGAUGAGGACUUUGAGAAGAUGCCCGAGUUGAAGACUGUGUGGAUCAACAAGUCGAAUGAGCCACUGACAGGCCCUGAUAUAUGA